AAAAAAGAAAGAAAGAAAGAAAAAAAAAAGCUUACAGUAACAGUUUUUUAAAGAAGUUAAUAGAUGUCUACCUAAACACAUCAGGUUCUCCCAGUAUCCAUGUAAAUUUAAUGGUUUAUUAUGUCUGACUAAAAUUCCCAUUAACGCAAUCAUUACACACACUUGGCUGCUUAUCUAUUGUGCCCAGUGCAAAAAUAAUGAAAAUAAAACCCAUUUCACUGACUAGAUGUAGAAACAUGGAGUAAAAAUGUGUUUGUGGGGGCCGAAUUCUAAAUACCUUACUGUCCAUUAUUUAAAAUAGUCUGCUACACUAAAGCUGUCUUUUGAGAAGAAACUGAAUAUGUUUCUAAAAUCUUUAGUAUUUCUUUGGGCUGUGGGUUGUUGUUUGAGCACACAUAAUUGCAAUGAAGAAAAUUUAGCCCCAAGUUCUGCAGAGCCUGUUUCUUCUAAAGAUGAAGAGAGGCUAGGACAGCUGAUGAGGAGCAAUAGGAAGUUAACAACAUUCUUGUACCAGGAAUUUCAGCAGAAUUCUGCAGAUUCAGAAAAUAUUUUAUUUUCACCAAUGACCAUUCUUAGUACCCUGGCCUUACUGUAUGGCGGUGCCGAUAAAGUCACAAAGGAUCAAAUGGAUAAUGUUUUAAAGUUUGGGAAAUUCUCAUCAAGGAGUCUCCAUUCUACAGUUAAGAGCGUGACAGACAGCCUGUACCAUAGGAGCAAUAAGUACAGUUUACGAGGGGCAACAAGGUUUUAUGCUGCAAAAACUGUGUUUGACGAGGACUAUAUUGACCUGGCCAAGACAUUCUAUAGGGUCAAUUUACACACUGUGGAUUUUAAAUCAGAAGAAAAGGACUUUUCUGACAAAGAGACAGAGCUAGAUAAUAAUGACUUAGAGGAUCUGCGUGCCCGGAAGAUCUACGAAAUGUUGGAAGCAGAAAAAGUAGACCCAAGCAAAGGAAUAGUGUUAAUCGCUGCAGUAUCUUUUAAAAGCCACUGGGCAGAGAAUUUUGAUAAAUCGAGAACAAUGAAGGAUAUUUUUUCUCUCACAAAAUCCAAAUAUGUCCAAGUUGACAUGAUGUACUACAAAGGUGUGUUACCUUAUGCUUAUAUUGUUGACUUAAAUUGUCAUGUUGUAGAAAUCCCUUAUGCUGACAGACAAGUUAGCCUGUUUAUCCUGCUGCCCAAGAGAAUCGGUGGUCUUCCAGCAGUGGAGGCAGGUUUAGGGACCAAACUGUUACGUUAUAUUCCUUCCUUGGUGAAAGAAACUACCAUAGAGAUCAAGCUUCCAAGAUUUCAGUUUGAAAGACAUUAUACCUUGGAGAACAAUCUUCGAGGAAUAGGACUAGAGGACAUUUUUGUGGAAGAUAAGGCAGAUUUCUCUCGAAUGAACGGCCAUAUUUGGAUGUAUGUAGCCAGAUUAUUUCACAAAGCCUCUUUUACUGUUCAAGAAGACCAAGAUAAUGAUUUUCAUGAUGAAUUUAUGCCUAGGCAUAAAACUAAUGAUCCAUCAGAGAAAAAGUUUAAAGCGGAACAAAGAAUUGGUGUAAAUCACCCAUUUUUAUUUUUCAUCAGACAUAAUGCUUUAGAUGCAAUACUUUUCUUUGGAAGGUUAUCAAAACCUAGUGACAUAUAUGUAAAAGAUGAGAUAUAAUCUUACUUGGUAUAGUCAUUUAGAUAAUUUAUAUAUUCGUGCCACAGAUAUUUAAGUGAUGGUAUAUUUUAUUUUAUGACUUCUGACAUUGGAAAAUGGGAAAUAAAAGUAAAACCCAAACUGUUAAUUUUAGUAGUGUUGUCAAGGCACUAGUAUCUGUAAGAAGCCAUUGAAAUGGAUUAACCACAGAUUGUUUUUGCUGAGGGUUCAUUAAUUAGUUGUUAUAAAAAUAUGAUCAUGAAGGGAAUCUUUAACAAUUAUGUGAAUGUAAUUCUAAAAAUAUUUUUGCACAUCAUAAUAAGUUAAUUAGGAGGGAUCACACAACCAUUUUACGAAUGAAAUAAUCUUUGACCUACAUUAAUGCAAAGUAUUGCCAUCAAGCGAGUUUUUUUUUGUUGUUUAACUACUUUGACAAGUAAUUAUAUUCUAUCUACUUACCCUUUUUACUGGGAGUGUAAAUGCCUACCUUGGCACUGUUCAUUGCAAAAAUAGUGGGAAUGGGAACUAGAUCAUUCUGUAAAUGCAUUAAAAAGAUAAUGUGCUUUAUUACAAAAACUAAAACAUAUAGAAAGUGUUCAAAAUCAUAUUGAUAAAGAUGCAAUUAAGGGAAUUAGUAAGACAUGUUUGCGUGUGAAACUAAAACUAACCAGCCAUAAGUAAGCUUGGCAGGCAAGGGGAUUACUUUUACAGUUACUUAUUUCCUGGAUUACUUGGCAUAACAGGAAUCAAUAACUUUGCUUGCUGCUCUAUUAAACUGCAUGGCCAGGGCUGGCUCACUAACU